AGAGCAAAGAUUAUGGGAAUUGUGAACGCUCUGGUAAAAUGUUGGUGGUGAAAUCUCUAUUGGAGAUGUGGAAACCAAAAGGACAUCGAGUGCUGUUGUUCUCACAAUCAACCGAAAUGCUUGAUAUUCUGGAGAAAUUUGUAAAAUCAUUGCGAUAUAAAUAUCGCAGACUUGACGGAACUACGCCGAUCUCGAAACGUCCAUUUUUAGUGGAGGAAUUUAAUAACGAUGAAAGUAUCUAUGUUUUGUUGUUGACUACCAAAGUAGGUGGGGUUGGCUUAAACCUUACGGGUGCUGAUCGAAUUAUCAUCUAUGAUCCCGAUUGGAAUCCUUCUAACGACGAUCAAGCAACUGAACGUGCAGCACGUCCAGGACAAUCCAAAAAUGUAUCAAUUUACCGACUAAUGACUUUUGGCACCAUAGAAGAAAAGAUUUAUCAUCGCCAGUUAUUCAAAAGAAUGAUGUCAAAUAAAAUAACACGGAAACCAAGUAAGGAUGAUAUUCAAUUCGAAGCUGAAGAUCUAUAUGAUCUUUUCUCGCUCGGUGAUCCUGAUGCCAAAGACACCGAAACAAGUUACAUUUCAACUUCACGUAAUAAAUCCAAUCCCAAUGGAAAUAGUUUACUAGCUCACAUACAUACUUAUAAUAAAUUAUCAACUUUUAACAAUCCAAAAACCGCGGAGCUCCUUGAUUCCGAGGAAGAAGGGGAAAUCAGAGAAAGGCCUUCUAAUGGCGAUGCUUUUGAUGGUGUUGUGAUGGUAGAAGAUAGAAACAAAGAUCAAAAAGAGGAAAAGGAGGAGUCCGAAGAGAAAGACUUACUCCAAAUGUUGUACAAGACGGCUGGAUUGCAUAGUGUCUUUAAACAUGAUAAAGUUCUCGGUGCGAAAUCAACAAAUAAUUCAUCCGUUUUCGAGAGGGUCAUUGAUGAAAAGGCACGUAAAGCCGCCAAAGAGGCAAAGGAAGCCUUGGAAAUUAGCCGUCAUCAAUUGCGAAAUCUUCCAUUGGGUACUUUAACGUGGACAGGACAAUCUGAUGCAUUCGAUGAGGAACGACUUGCUGAGAAAGAAAUCUUUGAGUUUUCGCAUAGUGCUGGCGAAGGGUUAGAAGAUCAGUCUCCAGAGGAAGUUUUUGCUUCCGUUAAGGCCAAGGAGGUGGAAGUGCGUAACCUUUUGCAAAGAGGAAACGCUUCCAAUGCUCUCAUAAUAGCGAUAGACAAUCCACCUUAUGGGCUAGAUCGAGAUAAUGCAAAAGAACUAAAUGUAAAAAUAGUCAUGGAGGUUUUGAACUCUAUAAAAACAACAGACAUUCCCUCGGUCGUGAAAAUGUUAUCAAGUGACCAACAAGAUACACUGAUGAAAUAUAUAUAUAGAGGAAUGGAAACUCCCAAAUCAUAUCCUUCCGCUAUACUGUUGAAUUGGCACGAGAAAUUGACUGAAAUUGCUGGAGUUGGUUGCAUUGUGCGAGUCAUCACAGACCGGAAAACUCUCUGA